AUGAAGGCACUCGCUAUUCUUUGUGUGCUUUCCUUAUCUAUAUUUUCUAAACGAACGAUCUCGUCCAAAGUUAUAUUCAAUGCUUCCAAACAGCCUUAUUAUCGAACACCAGAGUUCGGCUAUCUUAACUUCGUUUUUCACCCAAACAGUAAACUAGAAGUGGAAAACAAACAACAGUUUCAUGCUCAGAACUACGAGCAAUGUCUUGUUGCUUGUGCCAGUAACAUGACUUGUUUCUCCAUCAACUUUGGAAAACAACCCAUCUUCUUUUACGAUGGGAACCCUCAGUACCUCUGCGAGCUGUUGCCGACUGAUAAAUACAACUCUUCGUCCAAGUUUCAAAGUCCGAAUCCAGAGUCUAACCACUACAGCAUCAGGUCCGACUGCAGCAAGUCUCCAUGUCUUCACAAUUUGCCUUGCAUUCCUAAUUACCAUAACAACACCUACGAAUGUGUGUGCCCAAGACCUCCCUACGAAGGCAAACAUUGCAAAGUGUGCCAAAAGUCACAUGCAUUGGGUCUAGAAGACGGUACCAUUCCUAACAAGGCCAUUACUGCCUCAUCAUUCUUUGGGUCUGGUAAGGAGCCAUGGCGUGGAAGACUUAACAAUGUUCCGUCCCAACCCAAUGACGUCAAACGAGACGUAGGUACCUGGAUAGCUAAAUCCCGAAGGCAAGGUGAAUAUUUACAGAUAGACCUUGGACAGAUCUCUGCCGUUACCAUGGUAGCCACACAAGGAAGACCGAUGGGCUAUAACCAAUGGGUCACUAGUUAUACUAUACAAUACAGCACCGACGGGAUCGCGUGGGAUUUUUACUUCGAAAAUAACGCCAAGAAGAUUUUCCAAGCUAAUAGCGACAGAAAUACCGUACAAACAAAUACUCUACAGAAUGCUAUCGUGGCUCGUUACGUUAGGAUAGUUGUAAAUUCGUGGGCAUAUCACAUUGCUUUGCGGGCUGAAUUAUACGGCUGCCCUUGAGAGUAGUUCGGGGUCCUUAACAGCAGGCAUUAUUAGACAUAUUUUCAUAAUUAAUCAACGAAUACAGCCCAAAAUAUCUGGGUUUCUGUCAAUCAUUCAAAAAUGUAUUAGCCAUUCUGAGGUUAAAAGAAAAGAAACAGUGUCGAGAUGGCAUCUCAAUGCAUCAGCGGGGCAAUGUUUUGGAAAAUGAUCCUUAAAACAGCGUAAAUGUACUCCAAAAAAUGUACUCCAACGUCUUCAAUAUGUGCUAAUCUCUGCUGCUAGACUUAUCAGUAUGUCACGAAAAUCUGCUUCUAUCACUCCAAUUCUGAAAGAACUCCACUGGCUUCCUGUUGAACUACGCAUUGAAUUCAAGAUCCUUCUUUAUGUCCACAAAACCAUGAACCAKUUAUCAGCACCUGAUAUCUCCGCAAUCUAUUGACUUUUUAUUUUCCUCGCCGCAGCCUCAGAUCUGAAUUCAAGUUGCUGCUUGAAUCGAAGAAAUAUAAUCUGAAAACCUAUGGACUACGUGCUUUCUCAACUUGUGCUCUCAAACUUUGGAACGAUUUAUUAUAUCAUAUAUGAGCCAGCCAAUCAAAUGACCCCUUCACAGUUCCCUGCGCCAUCUUGAAAGGUAACCGUGCCUUUGCAUCGAAGCGAGACAAACGGUGAGCUUGCAAUGAUAGACACAUGUGAAUACAUAUUCGAGGUGUUAAAAAAGGUCUCUAUCAUUGUAAGUCACCGUUCGUCUCGCUUCGAUGCAAAGGCACGAUUACCUUUCAAGA